AUGUCGGGCCCUCCUCCCUCAUUCUUGUCAUUUCCUCCUUCCUUCUCGUCCUUCCCUAACCUCGAGGAACUCGCUGGCCCAAGUCAAGGAGAUUCCUCCAGUAAACACGAACACGAGAAGAGGAAGAAGAAAAAGGAUCAUUCAUCCUCAAAGGAACAUCCGAGUCGACAUAAGAAGGACAGUGACCGGAAACGCGAGAAGGAGCACCGCAAAUACAAACACACGAAGGAUGGAGAAUACCGAAAGAGAGAUGAAGAGCGGCAUGAGGAGGCCUACCGACGCGACACGGGCGCGUCGCUGAGGGAUGGUUUCUACUCAGACAGAAGGGGAGACCCUUUAAAUAUACAAUUCGGUGGCCUCCAUGCUGGUGAUAUACCGAAGUAUCACAUCGUGGGCCGAAGCAGGCAUGUACUGGGUCUGCCUGCCUCUUUGGUGGUACACCAUAGGGCCGGGAAAGGUAUUGAGAUAGGGCCGUCUAACUAUCGUAAGAUAUCUGGCCUCACGGAUCCUGGCGCUCGCGCCUUGCUAGCCAAGCCCCCAUCUCGACGUAUUCUCCCCUCUUCGAAUACAAAAUACGAAGAAGUCGAUGGGUUCAUCCGCCUACCCUCUGGGAAACGUCGCGCCGAGGAGUCGUAUCGUUCAAUAACUCGCGAUGACGGCAACAACUCCGAUUCAUCCUCAUCAUCCCGCGAUGAGGACAUGGAUACCUCUGAGGAUGAGGGUUAUGCCAUCACUCUGACAGCCCACCAAGAAUUGCUGAAAUCCCUUGAGCAAGAUCUCACCGCCAACCGCAAAUCCGUCGACAAAUGGGUGUCCUUGUUAGACCACACACUAUCAACGAUUCCUGUCAUCUCCAAGAAUGCCACGAAGGCCCGCUCUGAAAUUUCGAUUGCUAUCCUAUCCCGUGCCAUUGCAGCAGAUCCCCAGAACGGGAAGAGCAAAAUUCUACGACUCAUGUAUCUGAAGGCUGGAGAAGAAACAUGGCACGAAAGUAAACUCCGGUUCGAAUGGGAGGAUGCCUUGAAAGUUGGCGGGAUCGAGAUUCAGAUGGAGUGGUUGGAAUGGCGAAUACGAAAGGGAAACAAUGGCAUUGAAGGAGUGGUCGAAUCCGCACGAAAGGUGUUAGCUAGCCUAGGGGCUGGCGAGGAAGGGGAUAUUGGGAGAGUCAGAGUAUUCUGGCGGAUUGUCACUGUGAUAAAGAAUGCAGGAUACGCAGAACGGGCAAUGGCCAUGUUCCAAGCCCAGGCUGAACUGACGUUCAAUGUACCCAAGAAGCUAUCAAAGAUGUCUCUUGAGACGCAACUCGACGAACUGGAAGAAUUCUGGGACUCAGAAGUUCCUCGAGCUGGUGAAGAUGGGGCAAACGGAUGGAGCUCCUGGCAUUCAUCCAAGGAGAGCCAACAGAGCCGACAGAGCCCAACCCGCCAGAAUUUUGUUGAGGAACCCACUAUCCCAGACCUGGACCCUUAUCGUGAAUGGGCCAAGCAGGAACUGCCCUCAUGCCGCACACUUCGUCUACCUACCCGCUCGGAUUCCGACACCCAAGACCCUUACUCCACCAUCCUCUUCUCGGAUGUUCGGCCCUUGCUUCUCAACCUCACCUCAGAACGUGCAAAGGACGCUUUCCGGCUGGCCUGGCUUUCUGUCCUCGGAUUGCACGUCCCAGGAUUUUCCCUAGCUACCUCUCACGAGCUCGACUGGGACGACCGGUGGAAUUUGGACUACCUCACGAACACACACUACCUGAACUCAAUUUUCCCGGCUGAUUCAAACCGGAACAAGUUGGCGACGGACUCAGUUGCUGGUGUUGUGAUUGGUCGAGAAAGGGAGUAUAGUAGCCCGUUUGGUCCAGUGCAGUGCUGGACGCGCGGAGUUUCUGGACCCCUCGACCUCACUUCGGCAGAACCUGGAAAAACGAGUCGGAGAGGACUGUGGACAGCGGGUGACGUCGUGGGUGUUAACGAAACGGUCGUUCGCCGAAUCUUCGCUUCCCUCGGAUUUGGGCAGAAUGACGAGGAAUGGCACGCGUUGACGUUGGCAUUUGAGGUAGCUCUCAAUCCUAAAAAUGCUGUCAAGAUGUCGAAGUCGUUCCUAUCAUCCAACCAAACCUCUCUACCUCUAUGGAGGUGCCAUGCACAACUUGAGCAGUUGCGUGGGCGACCAGACGAAGCUCGGAAGAUUUACCAAACGUUACUGGUUGCAUCCAAACCUAAUGCUUCCCAGCACGAAACCGGCGUCCUCUGGUGGAACUGGGCGGAGAUGGAGUGGCUAGCUGGAGAUGACCAGCAGGCACUGAACGCCAUUCUUAAGUCGGUCGGUAUGCAAGGAGUAAGCUCUGGAGUCACUGUCCUGCGAGCUAAACGCGCUUUGGAGGAUCUGGCACAUUCGUCUGGAACAGAGAAUUCUUGGAAAGCGCGAGAAGCAUGGAUCAAGCUUGCUGCGUUACUCGAACUAUUGACAGGCGGACAACCGGGGACGAUUUCCGCUACUUUUGACAAAUUUGCAACGGUCAACCAUGAGCAUGCAGUUCAGGAGAGCCUUGCGACUUCUUCGCUGCUCAUGCUCUACUACUACGGGUUCAUACUCAAGCGGCCGAUGCCUCCGCUGCUUCUCAGAGAACGUGCUCAUGCUGCCUUCGAGAUGUAUCCAAACAACUCGAUUAUCCUUGGACUGUUAUUGGAAGCAGAAAAGGGUCAAGGGGUUUGGGGCAGAGUGCGUGCACUAUCAGGUGGAAACGACGGGAAAUCGAAGGACGUCGCUCGACGGAUUGAAGAAGUGUGGGUCGCAGGGUGGGAUAAAAGCAGAUGGCUUGGAGAGGUAGAGCGCACCCGAAACGGAUUGGCGACUGCGGUUGAACACGAACGGACGAGAUCAAGUCCUGUGAUAUGGCGAAUCUACAUCGAAUUUGAAAUACGGGUAAACGACCUACAACGAGCGAAGAAGCUGGUAUUUCGUGCCAUCGGAGAAUGCCCUCUGGCCAAAGAUCUAUAUCUCCUGGCCUUUGGUCCGCUCCGUGGUGUGUUCACCACUCAUGAAUUGAACGGUCUUGCGGACACGAUGGCGGAAAGGGGGAUACGAUUAUGUCAGGGUCUCGAGGAGUUGGUGGAUAAUGUCGAGGAUGGGCCCAGAGGGGACAAUGAAGGGAGUGAAGAUGAGAUCGAGUAUAAUGCCCGCGAGUACCGCCGGUUGCUACCCUACUGA